AUGCUCACCAUUUUCGCACCACUUUUGCUGCUCGCGCAGGGCACAUUCGCAGCGCCUGUUGAGAAUGCCGCCGCAGCAGCAACAGUAGGCAAGAUUCGCGGCGUUCGCGACCCAAUUUACCAUCUCUACCUCCAAGCCAGUCCCAAGAACGCAUCCACGCCUGUCCUCGGUCCCGAGACCGCAGCUGAUGAAUUCACCAUUGGCGGAACCAUUCAAUCCAAGAAAACAACUAAAUACCUAAACAUUGCGACGGCCUCGACGAGCUACAAGCCGCUUGUUUGGGGCGACAAGGGCGACACGACAGCAUGGGGACUCGAGGGCGAUACGAUUAUCACGGUGCAAGGGAGUAGCUAUGGGCGACGAGUCGUCACGGGCGCCAACAAGGGCAUUGGACUAGCUAUUGUCCGUCAGCUUGCGCUGCAAUAUCCCAAGUCGCCGCUCAACAACGGACCUUUCUUGAUCUACCUGACUGCUCGCGACCAGGGCCGAGGAGAAGCAGCCGUCAAGGACCUCGAGCAAGAUGCACAGCUCAAGCAAGCAAAGGCUCUGAAAGCCGAUGGAGGGCUGGCGGAAAUCAAGUUCCAUUUGUUGGAUAUCACGAGCAGCGACAGCAUCAAGGCGCUCGCGGGCCAUCUGAAGCAGGAUCACAGCGACGGUAUUGAUUUUGUCAUUAACAACGCUGGUAUCGCCAUGGAUGGCUUUGACGCAAACGUGGUGAAAACAACACUAAACUGCAACUACUACAAAACGCUAGAAGCAUGCCACGAGUUUCUCCCGCUGCUCAAGCCCACCGGACGCCUUGUAAAUGUUGCAUCCAGGGCCGGUCUACUCAGUAAAUACUCGGAGGAAGUGCGCAGCCGGUUCCUUGCGUCCAAGACGGAAGACGACGUUACGGCCAUCAUGAAGGACUUUGCUGCUGCCGUGGAAGCGGGCAAGGAGAAGGAGGCUGGGUUCCCUAGCGCCGCGUAUGCUGUCAGCAAGGCGGGAUUGAUUGGUGGCACGAGGGCGUUUGCAAAGCAGGUCAAGGACAGUGGGAAAGAAGUCCUGGUUAAUGCCUGUUGUCCUGGCUAUGUCAACACAGACAUGACAAAGGGGAAUGGAACGAAGACGCCGGAUCAGGGUGCGCAGACUCCUGUUAUGCUGGCACUGAGAGACAUUGAGGGCAAGACGGGGGCGUUUUGGUCAGAGGAGCAGGAGAUUAGUUGGGGUUGAUGGUAUAAACAUUCCUACAGCGCGUGAUGGUGGUGAAAGGGAUGCAGCUUUAGCUAUUACGUUGUUCUAGCUGUUUCUGCGGGUACUUGAUGAAUAGUCAGCU